AUGCCCUUAACAGCGGAACAAGCAACGCUGCAGGUGCAGGAACGUUUGAAGUCUCUUAAAACACUGGUGUGUGAAAUUGAAACGGAACGGAAACGCAACGAAUCGAACAUCAAUCAAAUGAUAAGGUUGAACAAGAUGUCAAACGAUGAUAAAUCACCUGCUCUAAACCACAAGUUAAAGACGUUGUACAAAGUGGGCCUUCAGGAUGCAUUGCAAGAAGAAACGCUCAUACGACAGGCGCUUUCGAAGAUACAGGACAUUCGAAACAUCCGCAACGAGCGCAGAAUUCAGGCUCGUAACGCAGGAAACAAGGAAACCAUACGACGUGGUGCGUUGAUGAAAAUGCUUCAAAUUUCAGCCCAAACGUUACCUCUGUUCGUGAGCAAGCCGGGAGAAAAAAUCCCCCAUUUGUGCGGUUCAAUUCCCGCAGACAGCAGCUAUAUUUCUAAGCCGGGGGACAUGGUAGCUGCGCUUGUCAAGAGCGAAGAGGGCGAAGAGAACUGGAUUCUAGCUGAAGUAGUACAGUACGUGUCGUCGACCAGCAAGUAUGAAGUAGACGACAUCGACGAAGAACAAAAGGAUAGGCAUGUGCUUAGCCGGCGUCGGAUCGUUCCAUUGCCGCUUAUGCGCGCCAAUCCAGAGACAGAUGGGCAGGCGUUAUUUCCUAAAGGCACAACCGUCAUGGCACUCUAUCCGCAAACAACUUGCUUCUACAAAGCCAUCAUCAAUCAGCUACCUCAGACGGCGAACGAAGAGUAUGAGGUACUGUUCGAGGAUCCGACGUACCCUGAUGGUUACUCACCGCCGUUGUUCGUGGCUCAGCGCUAUGUAAUUGCCAUCAAGCAGAACAAGAAAACCACCUCCUGACAGCCUCAACAUCAUACGCAAACCCAGCUCAUUCAUCCGCAAGGCUUGAAUGCGAUCUCCAGUACUAGUAACGCUGUCGGAAGUCAUACAACUUUGUCGAACGGUAUCAGCAUAGGAAGCUUGGCCGGUUCUGUUAAUGUCACUCCUUUGGUUGGUUCCAUGUCCAAGAAGCAAGACUUUGUUUCAAAAAUUUGUAGCAAGACUUCGUACACAAGAACCGAAGAUUUGUACGAAGACGACAUAUUUUAAAUGCAGA